ACUGCGCGUACGGUACUUCCUGGUUACAGAUUGUGGAAACAACUUUUUUGUGCCUAUUUCGGGAAAUAUCUUUCUAAAUAUUUGCUGACUCCCUUUUAACUUUAUUCAGACGGCAUAGAUAUCACCGGACGUUUUUUCAUAUUUGUUUUAAAACAGUUAUGGACCGAUGGUGACAUAGAAAUGAAUGACUGAUUGGAAAAGUGUGGACGUGAGCAUCAUAGCGAAUAGUUAAAGGACAUCUGUGUCAACCCACUUAUCUUAAUUAAACCUUAAGGCAGUGUAGAAUCACCACACGUACCCGUCUGGACAUUAGAGAUCUCAGCUGUCUGAGAGCCAAAAAUGACUGCUUCAAAUUCGGGUCUGAUCAUGAACGUUGUAAACAGCAUUGUGGGUGUGAGUGUCUUGACGAUGCCCUUCUGCUUCAAACAGUGCGGAAUUGUGUUGGGCACAUUGUUGUUGUUCUUCUGUUCGUGGAUGACCCACCAGUCCUGCAUGUUUCUAGUCCACUCAGCUAGUAACACCAAACGCAGGACUUAUGCUGGACUAGCUUUUCAUGCUUAUGGAAAACCAGGCAAAGCACUUGUGGAAUUGAGCAUGAUUGGACUCAUGCUGGGGACAUGCAUUGCUUUCUAUGUCGUCAUCGCAGAUCUGGGGUCCAACUUCUUUGCUCAGCUACUUGGGCUGCAGGUGACACGUAGCUUCCGUAUCGUGUUACUGAUCUCAGUCUCGCUGUUAGUCGUACUACCUCUCAGCUUGCAGAGAAACAUGAUGUCAUCCAUCCAGUCAUUCUCAGCCAUGGCACUGAUCUUCUACACACUCUUCAUGUUCACGAUAGUGUUGUCGUCUCUGCGUUACGGAAUAAUCAGUGGCUCCUGGGUGGAGCAAGUCCAUCUGUGGCGCUUCAAGGGUGUCAUACAGUGUCUGCCAAUAAUCGCCACCACCUUCUGCUGCCACCCGCAAGUAUUACCCACUUACGACAGCCUGGAUGAGCCCUCGGUGAAGAGAAUGAGCACAAUAUUCACCUCUUCCCUCAACGUGGUCACCACCUUCUACAUCACAGUGGGGUUCUUCGGUUAUGUGAGCUUCACAGACAACAUUGCUGGGAACGUCCUGAUGAACUUUCCAUCGAACCUGGUAACGGAGAUGAUCCGUGUGGGCUUUAUGAUGUCUGUGGCUGUGGGCUUCCCCAUGAUGAUCCUGCCCUGCAGACAGGCCAUCAACACAAUGCUUUUCGAGCAGCAGCAAAAGGAUGGCACCUUCGCCGCAGGUGGGUAUAUGCCACCCCUUCGUUUCAAGAGCAUCACUCUUUGCAUUGUUUUUGGCACCAUGUUGGGCGGCAUCCUCAUUCCUAAUGUGGAGACCAUCCUGGGUCUGACUGGAGCCACUAUGGGCAGUCUGAUCUGCUUCAUCUGCCCAGCUCUCAUCUACAAGAAGAUCAUGAAGAACGUCUGGACUGCACAGCUGGUUCUGUGGGUCGGUCUCGGUAUCCUGCUCAUCAGCACCUUCACCACGCUAUCCAUUUCCUCCAACGAGCCGCAGAAAGUAAACCCCCCUCUGGAUGUCCCCGCAAGAACUGAGGACAAGCUUCCUAUCCUCAAACCCCAUGAGUUGCCCAAAGUACCAGAGAACGGAGUGGAUCCUCAUCCAGGAGAGAAGCCAGAUAGGCCCCCAAUAGAGAUUGAACAGCCAGCAGACGAGAAAGCAGCAGAGCCCCCUCAAAUUAAAGUACCUGUGGAAGUGGCUGAGAGAAAGAAUGAGGAGGAAGAGGUUCAGCUAGAUCGCCCUGAAGCGGGUGUAGCGGUCCCAGAAGGGGAAGCCCACCGCCAUGAGCCGCCCAUCCCUCAUGAUGGAGUUCAGAUAGAUGAGAUCAAAAACCAGGAGGAGCUAGAGGAUGAAAAGAAACAACCUGUAGCUGUGGAGGAAGAAAAGAAACUACCUGCCAGAGAGGAGGAGGAGAUUAUUGCUGUGCAGGGGGCAGGGCAAGCACAAGACUUAGGCCAGGAAUCUAUAAAAGAGGAGGAGUCUAAAGAAAAAAUAGAUGUGGUGAAAAGGUUUGCAAAUCAAGGCCAGCCUGCAUCUAAUAAAUUAUUGGACAAGGCAGAAAAUCCAGAAGAUCUGAAGAAGGUUGAGUCCUUAGUGGUACAUAAAGAACCAGAAAAACUUCCUGAAGUCAAUGGAAAGCAUGAUGAGAAUGAAUUGGCCAGAGACAAGAGACCAGAGGAGAUUGAGAAAGCCCAGGAUGAGAAACCAAAGGAGAAGCUUCUUGUGCAAGAGCACGAGGAAGAGAAAGUUCUUGAUGGAAAGGAUGGAGGAGCUAACAAGGAUGGAGAUGGGGACAAGAUGGAAAUGAUUAAAAAGAUUGUUGCAGAGGGUCAGUUGGACCAUGCUAUGCUGCUGCAGGUCAUUAAGGUGCAGCAACAACAGCAGAAAAGGCUUCUGGACCAACAGGAAAAACUUCUGGCGGUGAUUGAGGAGCAACAUAAAGAGAUCCACCAAAUUAAGGAGGGAGAAGAAGAACCAAAGGUAGUAGAACAGCAGAAAAAGCAUGUGGACCUGGAGGAAAAACAUGAGGAGGUCCAUCAAGUAAAGGAAGGAGAAGCUGAACCAAAGGCAGCAGCGGGAGAGGUUGCAGGUGAGGUGGAUGUUGUGCAGAAGCAGCCGGAAGGGAUGGCGGGAUCAAUGAAGCCUAAAGUUGCCCCCCAGGGUGAGCCAGUUCCUGAGGACCCAGCAGCAAAAGAGGCUCAUGUUGUAGCCGGUCUUCCCCACAAUGCCCUUGAAUCAGUGCAAGAAGGAGGUAUUGAAGUUCUCAAGAAGGACCUGGAGCUGAAAAACCAAGCAGGGCAAGGCGAAGCAGUACCUGCAGAGGUCGAUGCCCAAGGUGUUCCGCUGCAGCAACGAGAACCAGAACCACCCAAAAUCAUUCCUGACGCUUUUGCUGAGGAGCAGAGGUUGAAUCAGAAACUGGCCCAACUGGAGGCGGAAAAGGAGAGAAUAGAGAAAGACAAGCUGGAUAAGGAAAGGAUUGAGAUGGAGGUGCAGGCCCGUGUUGAGAAGGAGAGGAAAGAGCGGGAAAGACGAGAGGAACUUGCACGCGAGCAGGAGCUAGAACGCGUGCGGCAGCAAAAGGAACAGCUAGAGAAGGAAAGGCUUGAAGCAGAGAGGUUAAAACAGGAACAAGAGAAGAUUGAUAAAGAGAUCAUGGGCCGUGCCGAGGAGGAGAAAAGAUUGCUCGUGCACAAGGAACGGCUAGACCAGAUGCAACAGGCCAUUGAUGCGCGACGUGAGCGGCAGGGCAAGGGAAUUCUUGAGGAUGAGAGUUUAAAACGGGAGCGAGAGAAGACGGAUAAGGAGAUCGUGGAACGUGCCGAGAAGGAGAAAAGAAUGCUUGAGCAGAAGGAACGACUAGACCAGCUACAGCAGGUCAUUGACGCCAAGAAAGAGCAAGGGGCACCCGAAGCAGAACUCCCGCCGAUGCCUAAGCAAAAAGGAGGACGGGACUUGAAGGAGAAUAUAGAGGAAAAGAGGAGUGGAGAGAAUGACCUUAGGAGGAGGCGCAGAGCUGUGGACCCUGAGGGUGGAGGAGGUGCUGACCUGGAUCUUCUGCGGGACGUAGGAGCUUUAGACUUAAAGGGACAGCUGCUGGCUGGGUCUCUGGUUCACACACGCCAGCUUAAACAGACGUUUCAAAGGCAGGAGAAUGAAGACUAGAGUAGAAAGUUCUGGACCUCUCAAAUGGACGUGCAGACAAAGUGAUCUGGCUGCGAGAAGAAUCUCUUUCCUCAUCAUUUUAAAAGUAGACACAAUAUUCCUUUUGGGUUCAUGAUGGCAGUGGGCACUUUAGUUGUCCGCCGGGAACACUGAAUCCAUAGUCUCUUAUGAGCUUCCAUUAUUGUUUUGUGUGAGAUGUUGCUGAAUCUGGUGCAAUAAACAAGAAUGUCUGGUGUAAUAAACUGAGCGGGCAUCACAUUAAAAAUGGGCCUUGAUGGGCACACAGGGCAUUUAAGAAUAUUGUGUUUUGGACCGUCGCAUAGGACGUAAAACGGCACCCUCUUGUGUCUGCUACGGUGAAUUAUGUAGUUAUUGCAUACUUCCUUCUGUGAAUGAAAAUAGAAGCCAGGAACUUCCGUCGGCUUUACAAUUAAUAUGAGGUGAGUUUAAAAAAAUCUUUUAUCUUUGUAGGACCUGAUUUUUAUUUUCUCUUGAAACUAGUGGACCAUUUACUGUGCCUUUUGUGUUUUCAAUCUGCUAUUCUGUAUUUUGAACAUGGAGUGUUAAUGUUACCCUGGCCAAUAUGUUCAGUGGUGAGUCUGAUUGGUAAAAAUAAGUUUUGACGUCUUUGUUUUUCCAGUGGUCCUUGUUAACUUCUUCUUUAAGAAAAAUAAUAUUUUCCUUCAUUUUCAUCCAAAGUCCUUAAUGAAAAAUAGUUUGAUCACAUUUUUAACGUUCUUUCUCCUUUUAAUGCAAUGAAAUGUACGCCUUUUAAAGGAGUGUCUUUCUAUGUGGGUCUGCUGCAGUAUCAGAUUUUUCUUCCAAAGAGUUAACUUAUGAUAAUUAAUAGUAUAUUUAAAAGUUAACUAUUGUUACAUCUAGUAAAACCAGCUAUAAGUGAAUGAAGUGUGAGAAUCGCCGACUGAUUUAUUGCUAGCUGACUAAAAUUGUGCGUAUUGUUUUUCUCGUUUGAUUAGUUUCAGUGUGUUUAUUACUUUAUGAAAGUACUCAACUCUCAUCUUUUGAGGUUUGUCUGAAAUUGGACCAUAAAAUUCUUGAGUUUGUGUUAAAUGUAUUAUUUGUUUUCACUGUGCAAUGGAUUUGCAUUGUUUUGUUGUUCUACAUUCCAUAUAUUUGCCUAUAGAUGUGAUUCUUAUCAGUGCCUCAUAGGUUUAUGUUCUGCAGUGAUGUGUAUGUGAGGUCUGUUACACCCGCACUGUGUGUGGAUUGCGUCUUUUUUCCCCCCAACUGCAUUUUUUUUAUAUACCUUGCAUGGUAAUAAUUGAUUAUUCUUUUGAUAAAUUUCCUGAUCUCGCUUCUGGGGAUCUUACAUUUUAUAUUUCAAAAGAGCAAAUAUAUAUUUAGAGAGAGAUAUGGUUUGAAAUCCUAAAAGAUGAGUAACACGGCUUACUUUUCCAUGUACAGGUGUUCAAAAGGUAAAUGUUAGCAGAUUUCAGGAGUCGAUAACUUUUAGGCCUAAACCAUUUUAGUUAUUGGGUUAAAUUAAUAAAAUGAUUUAUGUGAAACAGAA